AUGUAUGCUGAUAAAUUGGAGGGUGGGUCUGGGAGUAGGAAAGUGGUAAACGAACGUAUCAAUGGCGGUUCUCGCGACAUCUCUACUCGCUUGCGACAAGUGACCGGGAAGAGGCAAAGGCAGGACGACAAAUGGGAGCAUGAUCUUUUCAGUAGUAACAAACCUCAACUUUCAAAUCGCAGAGUUGAUCCUAGAGAUCUUCGCCUGAAGCUCCAGAAGAGACAUCAUGGGUCCCAAAGUGGGCGAGAAGCUGGUUCGGGGAUGCGGGACUUACGGGAAAAGCUCUCUGGGACAAUGAAUCUUCAACCAAAGAACAGUGACCCGCCAAAAUCUAAAGUGGAGGCUGCUAGACCAAGCAUGAAGAGCGUAGCGACUGAUACUGCAACAGAGACUAGAAAAACUCCCAACCAGGCUACCAAGAAGAAAUCACAGCUGGCUGGUACAUCCGUUGAUAGCUUUCUGGAAUCAUUGGGUCUGGAGAAAUACUCGACCGCUUUUCAAGUGGAAGAAGUUGAUAUGGAUGCUCUCACGCAUAUGACAGAUGAUGACCUCAAGGCUAUGCUCAUACCAAUGGGACCGAGGAAGAAGAUACUUCUUGCUUUGGGAUCUAAACGCUAA